UUCGCGUCAAUUCGUCUGUUUCGUUUAUCAAUAUUUUACAUAAUUGUUACUUGUUUUUUCUAUACUGAUAAGCUCAUCAAGUACAUACUCGUAGUCUCGUACCUAUUUCCGCACUUUAUUUCAAGUUGAAGUUUCUCCAUCUCCCCUUACAUGAGCUGCUCAGAAAACAUUAAAAUGAAGCAAAUUCCAAAAGAUAACAUUGAGACGGAGCAAGACGUUCCUAAAGAAGCCAUCAAAAGACAGCUGAUAACGUUAAUUCCAGUUAAUAUGAACGCACUGAUGAUGGGAUGUGUCAUAGGAUGGCUCCCAGUCGCGAUAUAUUUCAUUAAUGGUGACGGAGAGAUCAGUUCAUGCUCGGAAUGUAAUUUGAUGGCAACAUUUGGCCAACUUGGAAAGGUCGCAUUCGCAAUUCCUGGCGGAAUGAUUGUGGACAGAUAUGGCAGGAGGAAAGUUACCAUUGGUAUCGCGUUGUUGAAUUUUUCAACUUGGAUGGGCAUAUCGUUAUGGACUACGCCAGUUGUGAAUUACGUUGGACAAUUCAUUCUAGGAGCAAGUCAAGCCCUCACACAAGAAGCCUGCCUAAUCAUCAUAGGCGAAACAGCAUCUCCCAGCAUACGAGGUCAGCUGAGCAGCGUGUACCAAAUUUCCCUUUCAAUCGGCGUAAUCCUACCAGCAGUUUUCGGUAUAAUUUUACCCUCUUACACGAUGAUCAAUUGGAUAAUAACGUUGUGUUCAUUCAUCACCCUUCUUUCGACGUAUAUCACAUCCGAAACACCCAGUUACUUGAUCAGUAAAUCGAAAUCAAAUCAAGCCAGAAUACACCUAUCAAGACUACGACGAGGAUACUCGUUCGAAAAAAGGAAUACAGAAUUCGAAAGCUUGCAAAAAUACAUAGAAGAUGAAAAAGCACUAAAAAAACAACUAGACUGGUGGGAAUUUCUGAAAAUGAAAAGCACCUGGCAGCCAUUACUGAUAUGCGUCUCGAUUAAGUUCUUUACAGCCGGAACAGGAAGGAAUUUAUUUACCACUUUCGUUACGAAUAUAUACACGUCGGAUGAACUACCAAAAAAAUAUUAUCCUUUGAUCAUGCAGAUUAUCAUGCUCCUCAUCAACGUGAUUACCACUUUCUACAUCGAUAGAUUUCCUCGCCGAACAUUAUUCGUAUUUGGAGCAAUUUCUAUAUCCGUUUCAAACGCCUUUUCCGCCAUAAUGAAUUAUUUUUACGUAACAAGCAACAAUGCGAUAUUCAACUGGUUAUUUUUGCUGGGAAAUUUUUCAUAUUUGGUAUUUUGUAAUGGUACAGUGCAGCCUAUCAACAGCAUAAUCAGAGCCGAGCUGUUCCCUCACGUCGUCAAAGGAUUCGGAGGAUCACUCAGUAUCAUAAGUCAGUCCAUUUCCACCAUCAUUUCGUUCCAAAUAUAUUACGUCAUCGAUGAAUAUUCACAUUUGUACGCCUUAUACGCAGUAUUGACGCUAUAUUCGGUCAUAUUGUACAUAAUUGUGCACCUUUUCCUACCCGAGAGUCGUGGAUCAACUCUGGCCGACAUACAGUCAAAAUUUCAAAAAAAUUUGACACCAUACGACGACGUGGCCGAAUUUAAAAUCAACGAAAGUUCCAACUGCAAGAGCGAUUUGAUCGAUCUGUCCGAUAAUUUAGUUUAGCUGCAGUUCAAUGGGGAAAUAUGGUCGCAUUAAAUCGCUUCAUCGAUGUCGUGAUGAACAGAAUGACGGUUGUUGCUCAUCAAUUUCGGUGAGAAAAGGACAACGAGACAAACCAGACGACGAAGAAGCACAAAGCAUCACUGUGAAGUGAAAUUCACAUCGAGGAUGUAGGCAUUACUUUCAUUUAUGCCAGUGUCAUUACAGUUUGGAUAGAAACCAAGCACUUCUGUACAUGAAAUGACAUUGUUUGAAAUGAGGAUAAUUGACCAAAAAUGGCCCAUGGAAUGUCUGGUGAUUACUGCUCAACAAAUGAAAAGAAGCCAACACCUGCCAGAGUUGAAAUAGAAGUAUUUUAAAAAAAAAAAAAAAAAAAAAAAAAAGAA